AUGACUGGAACAACUGGGGUCUACGUGGAGCGACGCAAUCCCAAUCCGUUGAGGGAGCGGACACCCGGCGAGCUUAAAGAAGACGUCCGCAGAUUUCACCGCGACCACAAACUUGGGCCGGUGGUCGAUCUUGAGGUCCUUAUUAAGGGGGCACUCAUAGCACAGGACGCGACGAAUAUAGAGACCUGUGACCUUACUGCCCCCGAAAAGCUCGCCAUACAAUCCGAGGCGCAGUCGGGAUUCUUUCAGCAGACGAAGGAGCUGAAGAUUGGCGCAAAAGCUUCUAUUGCUCCUGUGUUCGCAGCGGAGGCAGCAGCCGAUCACCUGCGAGGCCGGCUGCUGAUGAUGUGGCAACUAUUCGACUCGUUUGGGAUUUCUGUGGGGUUCGCAUGCUACUGGAUAGUUGGACGCAGCUGGAGAGGGCUUUUAGGGAGUGCCGCAGUCCCGGCACUAAUCCUCCUCGUCCUGGUCUUUCUGUGCCCAGAGUCCCCACGUUUUCUAAUUCGAAAGGGCGCCUACGCAGAUGCAUUUAGCAGUCUCCGUCAAUUGCGAGGGUCUGACAUUCAAGCGGCCAGAGACCUAUAUUACAUCCAUAGCCAACUGCAAAUAGAAACUGAGUUGUUCGAGGGUAAACGGCCAGAGCAAUGGUGGAGAACAGAUUUGUACCAGCAAAAGGUCAAGACCCAGACCUUCUUCCAGAGAGUAGGGGCUCUCUUUACUGUCCCACGCAACCGCCGAGCCUGUGUCGCGGCGUUCCUGGUGAUGGCGUCCCAGCAGCUUUGUGGCAUCAACGUCCUUUCCUUUUAUUCCUCGGCCCUGUUUCGCUAUGUCGCCUCCAACCCCGGUGAUGGUAAUUCACAUUCACGCAGAGCCUCGGAUGUGGCCGAUAUUGUUGACUGUCGAGAUCCAAUGGACGACACUGUUGCUUGGCUCAACUUCGCCUACAAAUUUAUCGAUUGGAGGGGCCGUCGGGUUCUUUUGUUAAUCUCUCUCGGCGGAAUGUUCUUCACCCUUCUGGCGACCAGUGGCUUUUUCCGUAUCAUUAGGCCCCAGGAGGCUCAGAAGGGCCUGGUUGCUGGCUUUACGGUUGUUAUCUUCACAUUCUUCUAUGGGAUUGGUGCUGGACCCGUCCCAUUCACCUUCAGUGCCGAAGUGUUUCCCCUGGCUUUUCGAGGUAAGCACAUGGCUGCUCAAUCGGACCGAUGA